AAAAAGUGCUCCGAUCGCGGGGCCUAGGUACUCGCGGUAAAUAGCGAUCGAUAUCCCUCCAUUUUCCUCCCGUUAACGGGGUCUGAAAACGACCGCUACAGACGGCACCAUCUUUGGACGGCACUAUGUACAGCCUCCCCGCCCCCCGCCCGCGGAGAUGAUCCGCGGCUCCGCGUUCGCGAAUCGGCCGCUUAUUAAUUGAGACCGCGGCUUCACUUUACCGCGAGUUUAUUGGUUUAUCGAGCUGGAGGCACAAGGGUUCAAAACCCAUCGUGGAUACAUAGGAUUUUAAUUUAAUUAGUCUGGAAUUAAAACUGUUCAGUUUAGUUUAUUGUUCCAUGUACUGAGGUGGAGUGAAAAGCUUUUGUUCACUGCUAACCAUUCAGCGGAAAGACAUUACAUGAUUUACAAUCGCGCCAUUUACAGUGUAUGGAUACAUGAUGAGGGAAUAACGUUUAGUGCAAGGUAACGUCAGUAAAGUCCAAUCAAAGAUAGUCCGAGGGUGGUCUGUUUCAAUGCUCCUGCUCUGCAUCUGCUUUCCCUGGUUCAGCUCUAACUAAAUUAUUCUGGGCAGGUUCUGAUGGAAAGAUCUUUACUUGGGACAAUAACACGGUUUAUCUUUAGUGCAUCUCCACAGUCGAAGUUGACCAACGAUUCCUGGUUGUACUAAUUAGUACCAGUUUGACAUCAUGAGCUCUUUAUCUGAAUUGAUAACAGAUAUGCCUUGGAGGCAAGAGGGACAGAGACAUCUGGGACCACACAGAUGGUUGGGAUUAGAUCUGUCCACAUGAAUCAACAGAGGUACUUUGUUUAAGACGCUCUGUGGAUGGUGAACUCACUCUGGGAUUUAACCUCCAAAAGCAUUGACGGGAUUAUAUCCUUCCAGAUUGGGGACACAAGAGACUGUAGAUGCUGGAAUAUGGAACAACAAACAAAGUGUGGGGUGAACUUGGGUGAGGGAUGGAUCAGAUAGACACACAGUCUCUUGCCCUGAGUAGGUGAAUUGUGGACCAGAGUACAUAGGUUUAAUUCCUGGGCCCCCAUCACCUCAUCUUUUCCAUGGAUGGCAAGUACCUUUGCAUCUCAAUCCCUACUCCUCAAGGCUCUCUGGUUCUUCCUUGAACAGUGACCGUUCAGUUCUCCUCGACCAAUUCUCUCCUCCGCCUGACGGAACUUGGCCUCACCCGUUACAACUUCUCUUUCGACUUCACUCAUUUUCUCCACGUCAAAGCAGUAGUCACCAGCACGGAGCUAUGCCUGUCAUUUUGUUGCUUACGUUGAACAGCCCUUGUUCCAAAUAUACCCCAAAACCAGAGCCCAACUCGUUCUCCACUCAGUAGAUGGUUGCAUCAGAGCUGUCUACUGCACCCGUGCAGGACUUGUUGAUUUCAUUGACUUUAAUUUUCAUCGGUCUGAAUAAAGGUAUUCCAAAGACAUACAUGUAUGUAGGUUAAUUGGCUUGGUAUAAUUGUUAAUAGUCCCUAGUGUGUGUAGUAGAGUGUUAGUGUGCGGGGAUCGCUGGUCGGCGUUCAACUUCAAGUUCAAGUUUAUUGUCAUGUGUCCCUGAUAGGACAAUGAAAUUCUUGCUUUGCUUCAGCACACAUAACAUAAUAGGCAUUUACUACAAAACACAUGAAUAAAUAAACUGAUAAAGUGCAAAUAACAAAUAAUGGGUUAUUAAUGUUCAGAGUUUGGCUGAGCCAGGUUUAAUAGCCUGAUGGCUGUGGGGAAGUAGCUAUUCCUGAACCUGGUUGUUGCAGUCUUCAGUCUCCUGUACCUUCUACCUGAAGGUAGCAGGAAGAUGAGUCUCUAAUGAGGUGGAUGGUAGCUCAGGACAGCUAUCUAGUUGUUGAUAUUGUCUUUGUAUUGUCUUUCUGCUGACUGGUUCUGAUGCAACAAAUAGCUUUUUACUGUACCUCGGUACACAUGACAAUAGACUAAAUUGAACUGAUAGGAUGGUUCAGUUGCCUGAUAACCUUAAGAACAGCUCUCUAUUAUAUCAUCCUGCAACAAUAUAGUACUCUGUGAAGAGCUUUGUGCACUUUAUAUGGAAUUAAAGUCUUUGGGACAUUGGUUCCGUCAAAUGUGGUGAUCAUCUGCCCCCUACUGGAGACUGCAUCAACUUCCAACCUCUAGAAUUCUAUUCCUGUUUGGGAACUCCUGCAAAUAUUGAAGGACCUUUGAAAAUUCUGUGAAUGUCAACAUAUUCCUGGGCUCAACACUAAGUGCUGGAGGAUCCUGAUAGGUCAGGCAGCAUCUGUGGAGGGAAUGCACAUGGGUCAUUUUGGGUCGGGACCUUCUUCAGACUGAUGGAAUUUAGUUUCAUUUAGUUUAGACUGGUUUAGUUUAGAGAUACAGCGCGGAAACAGGCCCUUCAGCCCACUGAGUCCGCACCGACCACCGAUCCCCACGCAUUUGCACUAUUCUACACAAACUGGGGACAAUUAUACAUUUAUACCAAGCCAAUUAACCUACAAACCGGUACAGCUUUGGAGUGCGGGGAAAAAACGGAGAUCUCGGAGAAAACCCACGCGGGUCAGAAAUCCUGUAAGGCAGCAACUCUACCGCUGUGCCAGGUGCCGCUCCUGGUGGUGAGAAUGGUGGAGAGAAACUGGGAAAAGAGUUUUUUUCUAACUGGAGACACGAAGAACUGCAGAUGCUGGAAUCUUGAGCAAAACAAAAAAGUGCUGGAAUGAACUGAGCAGGUCAGGCAGCAUCUGUGGAGGGAAUGGGCAGGGGAUGUUUCGGUUUGGGACUCUUCUUUGGACUGAUGGAAUAAGGGAGGCAAAAACUGGUAAAGAGAGGUUGGAAUGGGGGGCAGAGCCUAUACCUCCUACAUCGACUCCAUCAAGGAACCCCGACAGCCCUUUCAGGUGAGGCAGAAGUUCACUUGCACUUCCUCCCACCUCAUCUACUGUAUCUGUUAUUCUCGGUGUAGACUUAUAUAUAUCAGCGAGACCAAGCACAGGCUUGGCGAUUGUUUUGCUGAACACCUAUCCCGCUGAGACAAUCCCGCUGAGACAAUAGACAAUAGGUGCAGGAGUAGAUCCUUCGGCCCUUCGAGCCAGCACUGCUCAAUGUGAUCAAGGCUGAUCAUCCCCAAUCAGUACCCCAUUCCUGCCUUCUCCCCAUAUCACCUGACUCUGCUAUCUUUAAGAGCCCUAUCUAGCUCUCUCUUGAAAGUAUCCAGAGAACCGUCUCCAUCGUCCUAUGAGGCAGAGAAUUCCACAGACUCACAACUCUCUGUGUGAAGAAGUGUUUCCUCGUCCGCAUUCUAAAUGGCUCGCCCCUUAUUCUUAAACUGUGGGCUCUGGUUCUGGACUCCCCCAACAUCGGGAACAUGUUUCCUGCCUCUAGCGUGUCCAAACCUUUAAUAAUCUUAUAUGUUUCAAUAAGAUUCCCACUCAUCCUUCUAAACUACAGAGUGUACAAGCCCAGCCGCUCCAUUCUCUUAGCAUAUGACAGUCCCUCCAUCCCGGAAAUUAACCUUGUAAAUCUAUGCUACACUCCCUCAAUAGCAAGAAUGUCCUUCCUCAAAUUAGGGGACCAAAACUGUACACAGUAAUUCCAGGUGUGGUUACACUAGGGCUCUGUACCACUGCAGAAGGACCUCUUUCUUUUGCUUUCUUCACUGCCUGUUGUACCUGCAUGCUUACUUUCAUUGACGAACAAGGACCCUCAGAUGUCGUUGUACUUCCCCUUUUCACAACUUGACACCAUUUAGAUAAUAAUCUGCCUUCCUGUUUUGCUACCAAAGUAGAUAACCUCACAUUUAACCACAUUAAAAUGCAUCUGCCAUGUAUAUGCCCACUCACCCACCCUGCAUUCUCAUAGUAUCCUCACAGUUCACACUUCCACCCAGCAUUGUGUCAUCUGCACAUUUGCUAAUGUUACUUUGAAUCCCUUCACCUAAAUCAUUGAUGUAUAUUGUAAAUAGCUGCGGUCCCAGCACCGAGCCUUGCAGUACCCCACUAGUCACUGCCUGCCAUUCUGACAGGGACCUGUUAAUCCCUACUCUUUGUUUCCUGUCUGCCAACCAAUUUUCUAUCUCUCACUCUCUCUCUCUCUCUCUCUCUCUCCACACACACGCGCGCACACAAACACACACACACACACACACACACACAUAUAUACAUUUGCAUAUGUACACAAACAUAAAAUUAGCCAACAAACAAUAAUAGUGCAAAAAAACAAAACCGCUGCUCUGAAGUCGAUGUAGUUCAGAUCUUAUUUGGAGGUUGUAUUGUUUAAUAGCCUGAUGGCUGCAGAGAAGCAGAAAAUGUUGGAGCUACUCACUUUCAUUUGUGGCGAGAGGAACAUAGUUCACAUCUCAGGUCAACAACUUUUCAUGAGAACUGGGAAAAAGUGAGAAAUAUAAGCUUGUUUUAUAGCUUCCAGUUCUGAUGAAAUGUAAUUGAAAACAAAAAUAAGUCUCUUGGUUAGAAACCCUGGUUGGAAACAAAUAAAUUGCAGAAUAAUUAAACGCUAUUCAGUUCUAUCUCUACAAUGGAGGGCACAAUUAAAGCCCUGUCCCACGGUACGAGUUCAUUCCAAGAGUUCUCCCGAGUUUGCCCUGAUUGGAACUCGGAGAUUUACGAUACUGGCCACUCGUCAGUACUCGGGGCUCUCGUGGACAUUUUUCAUCAUGUUGAAAAAUCUUCACGAGUCUUCCCGUGCUUUCCUGCCGUUAGCGAGUCUUCCCGAGUACCUGCCAUUAGCGCUAAGACAAGUCCCCGAGCUCCGACGUACCCGCUACGUUCAUUCUCCGUGCUUACCAUGAGUUUGAUUUUUUUUUAAACUCGGGAGAGCUCUUGGAAUGAAUUCGCACCGUGGGACAGGGCUAUUAGGUUUCUAUAUGUGUGGAAGGUAGGAAUUGAAAGAAAUCGAUGUUAGGAUUAAUGACAUAGUGCUUGGAGAUUAUGGCGAUAGAAGCAGGAAAUCUCUGAAGUUUGGUGAUCUACUUCCAGUGGACUAAAGGAAUUUGAUGUGAUAAAUUAUUUGGAUGCAGGAACAAACUGAAACACCUCCAAUAAUCUAUAUUCUAUCCUAUGGGGAGAAGGCAGGAAUUGUGGAUGAUCAACUAUGAUCACAGUGAAUGGUGGUGCAGGCUCAAAGGGCCAAAUGACCUGCUCCUGCACCAUUCAGGUAAUUGUCAUAUGACAUUGUCUAUUGUCUAUAAAAUGGAAUUCAGAAAAUGAAACAAUGCAUUGUUGCCAAGAGAUGGUCUGUAAUGUUCCGUUGCUGUGGUAGCAUUAGGUCAGUUAAAGAACCUGAUGGGACAAUAGCUCUUUUUGAACUGGGAGUGUUGGACAUUUACAGUUCUGCGUCUACUGUGAUAACAGUGACAAUAGAGCACAGCUUAUCCUAUUUUCAGUUAUCAGUUGAACAAACUUGGUAUUCUUAACAUCUUGGUAUUCUUAACAUUCUUAACAUCUUUAUAAUCUGAGACCUUUCCUGUAAAAGAUCUUUCGGGGAAAGUGUUGUGACUAUCCGCAGAAACUGCGUGGCUUUUGUAAUCGAUUCCCCUCGCAGUAGACAAUAGCCUUCUUUGUGUCAUCAGAAGGCUAAAUUCAAUCUGGAAAUUGUCCUCUUGGGGAAAGACCAUCAAUUUUUUUUAAUUUAUUGCGACAUUUGGAUCGAUACAGCCACAUUAAAAUAAGAUCAUGUGGAGCUGCAUUUGUGGAAAUGGAAAGCCUCGUGCAUCGGAGGGGGCACUGUGCUGCCAGAGUUCUCAGGGUAAGUAUUUGGUGGCAGAUUUAGCUGAGCAGGUGGCUCAGUAUGAACAACUGGUAGUACAGCUGCAAAAUGACCUCCAGGACAAAGAGGCCCAGCUAUACAUGAGAGAUGAGCAGCUUAAGGUGCUGGAAGACGCCGAGAAGAAACUUCGUGAAAAGGACGAGGCGCUGCUGGAAACAACGCAGCAUGUGGACGUACUGCAGAGAGAGCUCGACGAGAAGGAUCGGGAGCUAGCAGAGAUGGUUGAAGAUGCAAGAAAGCUUGAAGACAAGAAUGAGGACCUGGACAACGAGUGUUACGCUGAAGAUUACGCCAGCCAUAUCAAGAUCUGUGGUUUGAGGGCGACCCAUAAAGCUGAUUUAACAAAUCUCAAAGGUAAACACAGCACUCAGCUCUGUAAAAUCAGGGAGAAACACGCGCACAAGAAACAUCACAGAAAGAUCAGUGCUGUUUACAACUUCACAAACAAGAAACUUCUGGCUGAAAACUACGCCAGCCACACCAAGGUCCGGGAUUUGAAAGAAUGUCACCUGGCAGAUUUAACAAAUCUCAAAGAACAAGCGAGGCUUCUGAGCCAAGAUGCGGAAGGAUCAGAGGACAGGUCCUUGGCAAUUGAAGCUUUGUUCCAGACCAAAAUCGAGCAGAUCCAAGAGAAGCUGGACAAUGUACAGCUUGUUUCUGCUCAGAAGCUGCUGCUGGAACACGAAGAUGUGGAGAUCGACAAUGAAGAGGAGGACGACCAGUUACACUUAAAUGUGAACUGGCCACAAUGCGUCGAGGCAGAAAAUGAGAACCUUCAAACAAUAGCAGAAGAACGUGAAGAUCAAUACCAACUUGUUUCUGCUCAGAAGCUGCUGCUGGAACACGAAGAUGUGGAGAUCGACAAUGAAGAGGAGGACGACCAGUUACACUUAAAUGUGAACUGGCCACAAUGCGUCGAGGCAGAAAAUGAGAACCUUCAAACAAUAGCAGAAGAACGUGAAGAUCAAUACCAACUUGUUUCUGCUCAGAAGCUGCUGCUGGAACACGAAGAUGUGGAGAUCGACAAUGAAGAGGAGGACGACCAGUUACACUUAAAUGUGAACUGGCCACAAUGCGUCGAGGCAGAAAAUGAGAACCUUCAAACAAUAGCAGAAGAACGUGAAGAUCAAUACCAAAUAAGUGACUCUGAAUCUGAAGAGGAACUGGUGAAGUGGCAAGAAAUGGUUUCUAAGUCAACACCGAGCCAUGCCGAUUGGCGGAUUGCCAUGCAUUUAAGGGUGAAUCAAGUUGAGGAAAAAAGAGAAGAUUUGAUCUCAGAACUGCCGGAGCUGGAGGAGGAAGUGGGCGAUCUUCAGAGACAAGGACAGCUUCAAGGAUGGACAAAGCAGACCACAGCUGGCCAAAGCCUUAUGGAAAAUGAAGAACUGGAAGCAACACAGCAGGAGCGCACAGAGCAAGAUCCGUCCUCCAGCAAGAGGGAAUUGGCUGAGCUAAGACCAGCGCGCAGGAAGUAUACCACCAGUUUAGAUUCAAUCGAGCAAUGUGAGGCGGCUUUGGAGAUCGACCCCAGUGAAGAGGUGGUGGUGACACGGAAGGUGUGUAUUGCCCAUCAAUUCUUCGUUUUCUAGUUGUAAUCUAAUUUCCUGACAUUUUACACUCUAUCUUGCACCCACCCCCACCCC